AUGGACAUGUCGGACAUGUCCACCAUGUCCACGGCGACAACCACGGCAAUGUCAAUGGGCACAACGACAGCCAUGUCCAUGUCAACGUCAACCUCAACCUCAUCUUCCAUGAGCGACAUGUCAGAUAUGUCCAUGUCAAUGGCUGACAUGGCAAUGACCUUCUUUGUCUCUUUCAAAACACCUCUCUUCUCCACAGAUUGGACACCGGGCAGCAAGGGCCAAUAUGCCGGAACGUGCAUAUUUAUCAUUGCGCUGGCCGUGAUCAUGCGCGUCCUGCUGGCCUUCAAGCCGAUUUUCGAAGGUCGUUUGUGGACCGAUAGCAAUCAUCAACAUGCGCUCCAUGGUCAUUCGCAUGUUGAAGCUGGGAAGUCACCUCGGACACCCUCUGGCGUGCGGAUGAGUAUGCAGGAAAUUGGGAGUCGGUGGGCAUCGUGGCGUGUGAAUCCUGCUGCGGCUCGGGCGACGUAUGAGGUUGUUCUUGCUGGUGUGGCGUAUCUUCUGUGA